AUGUCCUCAAUUGUGUCCACACUUGCUAUGACCACGCCAAAUGUGAUUAAAGUUAAAUGUGCAAGAACUAAUUUGUUCAUACAAAUACAAGCCAAGGAUAACAAACCAUUAAAACAAGUUAUUGAUUUCAUCAAAACUAAUUGUCCGGGGAAGAGAGGCACUGUGUAUUGUGCUCGUAGAAAGGAUACAGUUGAUCUGGCACAUAAAUUGAAAUCGGAUAACAUUGAUGCUGUUUUUGUUCAUGGUGGUUUGUCAGAUGUAGACAGAAAAAAAUAUGAGCAUGCAUGGGCCAGCGGCACUGCCCAUGUAAUAUGUGCUACCAAGUCAUUUGGUAUGGGCAUCGAUCAGAAAGAUGUUCGUUUUGUAUUGCAUUUGUCAUUUCCUGAAAGCAUGGAAGACUAUGUACAAGAGAUAGGGAGAGCUGGAAGAGAUGGACAUGCUGCAAUUUGUGGACUAUUUUUUGAUCACAAGGAUCGGUCAUUCCAUCUACACAACAUCAUGCAGAUUGAGGACAAAGAGAUUUUGUCCUAUAAGUAUGAAUUAAUGAACAAAAUGGCUAUGUACUGCACAAAUCGUACCUGUCGCCACAAGUUUAUUAUGUCCUAUUUUAAUGAAGACAUGCAAGAAUGUGAGGAACACUGUGACAUUUGUACUUCAAAUGUUGAUACAAUUCAAGAUUGCACAUCCAUCGCACUGCUCGUGAUCCAAAGUCUUGCAAGACUGCAGCAGGUUCAAGAAAAAGUAACUGUUCUUCUUCUCACACAAUUCCUAAUGGGAUCACCGACCAUUGUGUUAAAAGCUCUUGCUUUAGAUAAAGCUGCUGAAUUUGGUUUGGUUAAAGAUUAUUUUAAAACCAAAACAGGAAGAAGGGAUUUACAAGCACUGAUUUACCAUCUGAUAAUUACUGGAAUGAUCAGUGAAGUUCCUGCUGGUACUCCAGAAAACCCCAGUAUUGUGAUAAAGACUGGUAAUGUUCAGAAUCUUCACAGUGGCAGUGAAAAGUGUUAUUUUCACACAACCAUUUUUAACUGA